AUGCCGCCGAGGUUACGACUCCAAGCCAGCAAGCGCUUGCGCCUGAGCACAUCCAACGCCGCAUACCCUUCAUGUCAAUGUCGAUACGCCUCUCUGGCUGCUGCCACCACUCCCGCUCCCUCAAUUGAGUCGACAAUCCACGCCUCAUCUCCCAUUGCGCGCCAUCCUCCUACUCAACCGCCUCCAUACAAGCCUGCCGAGUUCCGCAAGACCCAACUCCACCGUAUCUACACAUCCCUGAUUCGCUCUUCACCCUUGAUGCUCGUCUUCCAACACAACAAUCUGAAGGCUUCCGAGUUUGCUGGAAUCAGAAGACAACUCAACUUUGCUCUGGAGAAGGUCGAUGCUGAGCUGGGCACCGAGGCUUCACCAUCUGUCAUUGGCAGAUACACCGAGCUGCAGAUUGUCCAGACCGGUAUCUUCGCCUCUGCAGUCAAGGUCGCCGAAUCGUUCAACGCAGAAUCUUUUCCCGACGCAGCCAGGACGCAUCAUCCCCAGGACCCGGCCACAAACACUUCGACCACCCUCAACACAAAGUCUGCCAGCCCGCAGUACACACACAGCUUGUCAAGAGAAGCAUGGAAGGCUGCUAGAAGCGCAAAGCUCCAGACUGGUCUUGAGCCCUUAUUGUCCGGUCCUUUGGUUGUCCUCACAUUCCCCCUGGUCUCGCCUCAACACUUGAAGGCUGCCAUGACCAUCCUCUCUCCUUCAGAAGCUUUCCCCGCUCCCAAGAGAAAGGCAAACCCUGGUCUUUACGACCCCACCAUCCAGAGCGGUCUUCAANAGCUCAUGCUUCUCGGUGCCCGUGUUGAGGGCAAGGUCUUCGAUCUUGACGGCACCAAAUGGGUUGGCGGUAUCUCUGGCGGUCUGGACGGACUCAGAGCCCAGCUCGUCUACAUGCUGCAAUCUCUGCCUGCCACCCUUACAAACACACUCGAGGGUGCAGCAAAGAGCUUGUACGUCACCGUCGAGAGCAGACGCCAGGAUAUGGAGCCAAAGGAAGACAAGCCCGAGGCAGAGAAGGAGGCAUAG